AUGCACCGAACCGUUUUGUACCUCCCUGCACACCUGGACGUUCUCCAACCUGUAUGCAUGCAGGAGGGAGUGUCCUUAGCACGCCUGGACGCUCGGGCUUCACGUGUUUCAGCAGCCGUUGAAAGUGUGGAGCGAUUAAUAUGCACUGAACCGUUCUGUACCCCUCUGCGCCCCGAUCCACACCCUGGCUUGGUCUGGCCUGGCUGCCAUUCAGAUGCAGGCAGCAGCAGCAGCAGCAGCAGCAGCUCUGGCCGCAGCAGUGAAAGCAGGAGCAGCUGGUUGAGCAAGGAAAUUACUGCUGGUGCUGCUGGCACUGCUGGUGCUUUGGGGAAAGUCGAUGGUGACAGAAGGUCUGAGCUGCCGGGGUGCAUACUGCAGAGCGACAGCAGGCAGGCGAGGGACUAUGUGGAGGCGGCAGGGUAUGACUACUUUGAGAAGAACGGCCGCUCCCUGCCCUUCUGGAUGGCCUCUAAGGCCAUUAACCAGCUCUACGCUAACCGACACGGCUACCGCUACGUGAACCAAGACACGGGGGAAUACAACGAAACUCGCCAUCCAUCAUGGCUCAAGCUGCUGUUCAUUCGGGAUCAGCUGCGCUGCUGCUGUGCCUGGGCAUUCUAUCUCGACUCAGACGCUUACUUCCGAAUGGAUAACCACCGCCUUCCCAUCGAAGCCUGGCUUGCUGGCUUGCCCUUCACGGGAGCGUUCAACUGGAUAAGAGAUCGCUACGGCACUGACCUCACCAAUCAGACGUGGAUGCCGCAGUUCCCCAUUGCCCUGCUGGAUCCUCCUCCUGCUGACGUGGCAGCCUGCAGCCAAUCAUCCACUGCUCCUUGCGCAGAGCAGCCCUCAGAGGAGCUGAUUGGUCUGUUCGCCCGGAAUUCAGGGGAGGAGAAUGGCGCGCCGUCUGCUCUGUUCAACACCUCUUUGGAGUCAAUCAAUGCGGGGGUCAUGCUGCUGAGGCGCUCCCCGCUUACCUUGCAGUUUUUGGACACUUGGUAUAACGAGGAGCCUUCUAACCGCCAUUUACAGGAAGCCACAUGGGAGCAAAACCGUCUCAACCGCAUUGCACCACUCUUUGCAAAACACCUGGUGGUCGUGCCGUACCUGGAGCUCACUGGUCCGGAGGGUCGUCAGGUUCGGCAUGUGUGGUCGAUGGUGGGUCGGCAUAGGGAUGAGACACUGAGGGCUGCUUUAUUGGGAGCGUUAUUGGCAAACGAGGUGGCGACAAAAGAGGAUGAUUGGACUCCAAAAGGGGUAGUUGAUAAGUGGGCAAACGAUGAGAUGAAUGCUCGGCAAUAG